UCCAAAUAUUUGUGAAAUAACCUCUCGGAAUUAUUUUUAUAUGUGUAAAUAAACUACUAGAGAAAUUUAUUUACACACGUAUUGUAUAAACAAGAUUGUUACAAAUAUUAAAUAAUAAUAAUAAUAAUACUAGUAAUCAAAAAGUAAAAAUGAGCUCGAAUAAAAUAAAAGUGAUCAAGAAAACUAAUCUAUCAUCUCAAGGAAUGCGAUGUCAAAAGUGUUUGGAAUACGGUCACUGGAGUUACGAGUGUAAAGGUAAACGAAAAUAUUUGCACAGGUCAUCUCGUACUGUGCAACUUAAAUUAGCUUUAAAAAUGCAAGAGGAUAAUAAAAUAAAUGAACAGAAAGAAGAAGUUAAGAAGUCUCAUGGUCAGAAAAGAAAAAGAAUGAGAAAAGAAUCAAGUAGUUGCAGCGAUUCAAGCUCUUCUAGUGCCGAUAGUAGCAGUUCUAGUAGCAGUAGUGAAAGUAGUAGUAGCAGUUCUUCUUCGGACAGUGAGUCAGACUCGAAUGAUAGUGUUUCUAGUAGCAGUAGCAGUAGUAGCAGUAACUCUUCACACUGAAAUAUGUGAUAUAUUUAAAAAUCAGACUUAUUAUUAUUAUUUUCUCGACAUACUACAUGCUUAUUUUUGUAAAAUAGCUUUUUUUAUUUUCUCUAAAAAGUAUCAUUUAUAUAUAUAUGUUUUUCUAUCUUAGUCGGUAAGACAAAACACUCGUGGAAUAUCCUAAUAUCUUUUAUACAUUACAUAUUUUACUACAAAUUUAUCUAUUAUUUGCUAAUAGGAUAUUCUCUAUUUUCUUUUUUUAUUUAAAUGUAUCAAAUGUGACUAACGAAUAGGAAACAAUUAUAUGUAAUAUAAAUUUGAAA